ACUGUACGAUAUGAUGUUAGGAGAUAGAUACACCUUGUCUUUCUUUGGGUGCUUUCACAAAGCUCUAGUAAUGCGCUGACUCUCGAACAGUAUUCGGUUAAAAAAUGACGUUUCUGUUCCGUCUGUAGUGCCCACACUAAAGAUGGAGCCUCCGUCUUCGGCGGCGACAGUUCCACUGCAAUUAAAAUCCGGGCGGAAACAGUAGGUGGGUAGAGCUGAGACCAGGUUGCUUGAUCUAGCCUUUUGGGAGUCAGGCGGCAGGGUCAAGCUGGAGGUGGUGGCGUUUGCUCCGGCUGGCGUCAGAUACCCUGCUGGUAGGGAGCGACCACUCCUCUCUGCGGCCAGCUGCUGCGGGGUAGCGGAGCCAGCGCCGCAGCGAGCCGCCGACAGGUCACCAUGUGGGCCUUCCCGGUGCUGCCGCUGCCGCUGCUGGUGAAUCUGAUCGGCUCGCUGCUGGGAUUCGUGGCCACUGUCACCCUCAUCCCUGCCUUCCGGAGCCACUUCAUCGCCGCGCGCCUCUGCGGCCAGGACCUCAACAAACCCAGUCGGCAGCAGAUCCCAGAAUCCCAAGGAGUGAUCAGCGGUGCUGUCUUCCUUAUCAUCCUCUUCUGCUUCAUUCCUUUCCCCUUCCUGAACUGCUUUGUGGAGGAGCAGUGUAAGGCAUUCCCCCACCAUGAAUUUGUGGCCCUGAUAGGUGCCCUCCUUGCCAUCUGCUGCAUGAUUUUCCUGGGCUUCGCCGAUGAUGUACUGAAUCUGCGCUGGCGCCAUAAGCUACUGCUACCCACCGCUGCCUCACUACCUCUCCUCAUGGUCUAUUUCACCAAUUUUGGCAACACGACCAUUGUGGUACCCAAGCCUUUCCGUCCAAUUCUUGGCCUGCAUCUGGACUUGGGAAUCCUCUACUAUGUCUACAUGGGACUGCUUGCGGUGUUCUGUACCAAUGCCAUCAACAUCCUAGCAGGAAUUAAUGGUUUAGAGGCUGGCCAGUCACUGGUCAUCUCUGCUUCUAUCAUUGUCUUCAACCUCGUAGAGCUGGAAGGUGAUUAUCGUGAUGAUCAUGUUUUUUCCCUCUAUUUCAUGAUACCAUUUUUUUUUACGACCCUGGGAUUGCUAUACCAUAACUGGUACCCAUCACAGGUGUUUGUGGGAGAUACUUUCUGUUACUUUGCUGGCAUGACCUUUGCCGUGGUGGGCAUCUUGGGACACUUCAGCAAGACCAUGCUACUCUUCUUCAUGCCACAGGUGUUCAACUUCCUCUACUCUCUGCCUCAGCUCCUACAUAUCAUCCCCUGCCCUCGCCACCGCAUGCCCAGAUUCAGUACCAAGACAGGCAAACUGGAGAUGAGCUAUUCCAAGUUCAAGACCAAGAGUCUCUCUUUCUUGGGCACCUUUAUUUUAAAGGUAGCAGAGCGUCUCCGGCUAGUGGCAGUGCACCAGAAUGAGGACACGGAAGGUGAUUUCACUGAGUGUAACAACAUGACCCUCAUCAACUUGCUACUUAAAAUCUUUGGGCCUAUGCACGAGAGAAACCUCACGUUGCUCCUGCUGCUGCUACAGGUCCUGAGCAGCGCCCUCACCUUCCUCAUUCGUUACCAGCUUGUCCGGCUCUUCUAUGAUGUCUGAGUUACCUGAAGGUUGCCCCUUACCUCACAGUCUCCAGGGGCCCUGACCCUGGGGGCCAACUGUGUGUGUUCCAAGAAUACAUACUGGCCAAGGCCCCUUCCACUAUUCCUUCUCCUUCAGAUUUUGUCCUCAGCAUCUCUCCUCACCUGUGAUUAUUUACAUCCUGGACCUUUUUUGCUCUCCACAGACUAUUAAUUGGAAUUUGCCCUUGGUUUUCUUCAACUUGCCAUUUUCCCAUCCAGUCUUUGCAGAUGAGCAAGGUGGGAUGCAGCAUCUUUUAUGCAAAUACAACUCAACUUUCAGAGUACUGACUCUAAAGGAAUAUACUGGACAUUGAGAUAGACCCUGGCCUAAGGCUAGGUCCACAUAUUCCACAAUGACUUCAUACUUGACUGUAAAUUAAGUGUUCUGAUUAGUAAGAGCAGACGCAGGGCAAAGUGCUCCUAGUGGUGACAAUAAAAUGUUGCCUUUUUCCUUGUUCCUAGA